AUGUGCAGCUUGAGCGGAUAUUUUUUGUACAAAGCGCUUUGCUCCCAUCAACAACCACAAUCAGUUGGUGCCGAUAUUGAUGUGUCUUUGGCAUCUGCAACGUCACUCCAAACAGUGACUAUACCAAAUUGGAAUGAAUUGGCUGCAUCGAGAACACCUGCUGGCAUUGAACAAAAACAACUAACUUGCGCGUCGACAACGUGUCCUAUAGAGACAAGCCUGUUGCCAGCUACAACCCAAACUAAACCCGCGGAUGUCGACCGGACAUCAGCGUAA